AUGUAUGGCUUGGUCAUAAUCGUACAUCGAUUUUUGCCCCGAUAUCAGAGCAAAUGGGUAAAUUCGCUUAUAAAAGAAUUACUCGAAUAUCAUAAUGGAAUAAAACCGAUAACUUAUACGACCCUAUUACGUCAAUGUGAUCAAAGUACUUUGAAACACAUUGAUUGGACUGUUUUUGGUAUCGAAAUCAUCUAUAAAGCCAUUCCUUUGGCUCAUGGGCUUGUUGCAUUUUUGGUUGCCAUUUUAUUUGUUAUGCAGCUGUACUAUGAUCCACCAAGAACCAUGUUGAUUGCCAUUAUUGAAUCGUAUAUUUUCAUCAACGGUAUAACGGUAGCAAGAAUUAUCGUAACGGCAUCAUGUUGGUUGCUUUUCAUUUCGGAAUUACGUUGUGUGUAUCUACAAGAUCGUUUUAUGCAUUUAAAUUCACUGAUGAAAAAUCUUCAUAAGGCUUCUCUUGAAAUGACAUGCAACAGAUAUAAUGGUCGCAAUAUAAUUUCAAAUCAAAGAAUACAUUCGUAUAGUAUACAUAGGCUAGUGUAUUUCUUACAUAAUCAUAAUUCUCUUUGUUGGUUUCUAAACAAAAUGAAUGGUCAUUGGAGUGAAUGUAAUAUGUUAUGCAUGGUGUUUAACAUACCAAACAAUGCCAUGAUGACCAAUCUGUUAUUGUUUCAGAAAUUCGAUGCUCGUCGUUUUCUGGUAUUAUUCUUAUUUACAGUGAUUCAAUUCGUCAUGGCUACCAUUGCCAUUGGAAUUAUUCCACCAAUUCAUUAUUAUGCUAUCGGCUGUCGGCAACAUUUAUUUUUCUGUUUAUGCCGUUUUUCACAAUACACACGUCCAAUUCUAUCGGUCCGGUUACAACUUAAAUCAUUUGUUUAUGUGGAACGAGUUACAUCGCCUCGUAUGGAGAUUGGUAUCGAAAUCGCUCCACGACAACCUGUUAUCACUUAUGCAUCUUAUUGGCAGGUAAACAAUUCGAAAACGAUAUGGGUUUUUUUUUUGUUAAUGAUCUUUUAUUUUAUUCAUAGUUUUUUGUUCUCUACAUUGGUUACUUUGCUAGGAUCGUAA